AUGUCGCCCUUUGACCAUCUGCGCACGACCGCUGACUGCGACCGAGAGCUUGUCUCCUUCCCACCGCUGUCAUCGGAUGAACUGGACAUAUUGCAGCGGGUAGAAGAUCAGCUUUUGGCUAUUGACGAGGCGUUGGCGACAGACCUCGGCCAGCAGGAGCAGCAUUUGCCCGCUCGGGCUUCGAAAUCAGCCAAGGACACCCACACAGCCAAACUCAAGUCCAUUCGGUGCAAGCAUGAGUCACAGCGUUCGAGGCUUCUUCGAGCCAACCCGUCCGUUACCAACCUGAAGACUCGUGACACCGCUCGGCUGGUGAUUCAAGAGCGCAAACUUCAGCUCGUCUCCGGUGUUCCGCUGCAGUGGCACCCCCUCCCUAGUGUUGGCGAGGAUGACGCAGGUGAGCUCCCCGCGUUGGACAACGCGGGACCGGGUUGCUCGGGUGGGUUGGGUCAGCACGGGCGCACCCAGGGCGCCGUGGAGGGCGGAGCUCAGGGGGCUCACAUUCUGGCUGGCUCUGACCUUGAAACCAUAGUCGACAAUGGUGGAUACAAUCAGCUGGCGCAGACUAUCAUUGGCAACCUCGAGACGCAGCCCGCCCACGCCACCACUGGCAGCCUGUUGGCAGCCGGCCUGACCACUGCUCCUGGCUUGCUGGGACCCUUCAGUGAUAUGCUCAGCCUCAUGGUGGAUCGGGGGGUCGUCCUGGACACCGUGCCGGAGUGGGGAUUGAUAUUCAAGGAGGCAGGCGGACAGCGCCUGGCGUCCGACCAGUCAGCCUUCAACAGUCAUGCCAACCACGUCAUCAACCACAACAUUGCGGCCACUCAGGCAGCUGCAGUGGAGUUUGACGAGACGCAGGACCCUGAAGCACGGGUGCAGCUGGCCAUGCAGGUAGUGCAGCACUACAAGACAGCAUCCGAGGCGCAGCAGACCCAGAAGUAG